GCCAAGGUACAACAGAAGGAAGAGGAAGAAGAGGAGGAGGAGGAAGAAGAAGAGGAGGAGGAGGAAGAGGAGGUGGAGGAGGAGGAGGAGGAGGAGGAGGUGGAGGAGGAGGAAGAAGAGGAGGAGGAGGAUGAGGAUGAGGAGGAAUGUGAGGAGGAGGAGGAGGAGGAGGAGGAGGAUGGGGGUGUGGUGGAGGGGCGCCUGACCAUCCACCUCCCCGGCACGGGCGUCCCCCGCCCCACCGCCGCCGUGCCCCGCCACUCACCCCCGCCAGCGCCCACGCCUGCAAGUGUGGCGGGCGGCACCACCGCGCCCUGCCCUCGCCGCGGCUCCCUGCUGGGCCAGGCCGCGGCGGGGAGUGCUGACGUCACGGGCGGGGCGGCCGCAGCCCGGCGUCCAGAAAUACCGGGUAUCGGGGAGGGCGGGAGCGGGGGCGGGGGCGGGGGCGGGGGGGUCGACGGGUGGCCACGCCGACCCGCACAGCGCGGCCCGACGGAGCCAGCGCCGCGCCGCCCUGCCAGCACCGAGAGGAUGGGCGGACUGUUCUCGCGCGGGCACGCCCCCGCCACGCCGCCCACGUCCCAGCCACCGCCCACACCGCCCACGUCCCAGCCGCCGCCAACACCGCCCUGGGUGAGGCACCAGCGCGAGCCGCCGCCCGAGCCGCCGCCACCGCCCUACGUGCGGCAGAGCAGCGAGUCGGCGCGGCGGCCCAGCGGAGGCUUCAGCGGCGUGCAGUGCGACAGCGUGCGGCGCAUGCGUGAGGCCUGGCGCGCCCGCGGCGACCCCCCGUCCCCCGCCGGCCCCGCCCCCCGAGGACCCGGCAGGCCCCUCGUGUCGCCCAGCCCGCCGCCCUCCCCCGGGGGACGCCGCCCCUCGCUGCCCCGCGACGUGCCCGCUCCCCGCACCAACAACUACGCCUCGCCCACCCUCAGCAGCGCCGCCCGGGCCGCUUCGCCGCGCCGCGGCAGCAUUGAAGGCGUCGCGCCGCCCGGGUCCCCGCGUGCUCGCGCGCCCUCACCUGCCCACGCCCGGGCAUCCUCGCCUGCCUUCGCCCGCUCAAGUUCACCUGGUCACGCCCGCGCGCCCUCCCCCGCGCACGCCCGCCAGAAUUCCAAUGUGCACACGCGCACGGCCUCGCCGCUGCGCUCACGCCCCUCGCCCAACGCCCACGCCCGCGCCGCCCCCACUGCCCACACCAGACUCAACUCCCACAACCAUGACCGCGUGCCCUCUCCCCUCCGCGACGCCGCCCCCCGCCCCCGCAGGCCUUCCACAGACAGCGGCAGCUCGCGGGGACGCGGCGACGCAGCAAGGCGCGCGUCGCCUCGCCGCAGCCCACCGCCCUCACCCAAGGGCGCCGCCCGCCGCAGCCCUCCUCGCCGCAGUCCGCCGCCCUCCUCGAAGGGCGCCACCCGCCGCAGCCCGCCACCCUCCUCCAGGGGCACUGGCCGCCGCAGCCCGCCGCCUUCUCCGCGAGGCGCCGGCCGCCGCAGGUCGCCGCCGCCCGGAGCCUCGCCCUUCCACCAGAAGGUGUUCCACCGUCUGCGGGACGCCAGCCUGCGCCACGACAGCGAGACUCUUUGCUUCACCGAGGAGGCGGACCGCUACACGCUGGUGAUGGACGUGGAGGAGUACGUGCCAGGGGAAAUCGAAGUUCUGCAGGAUGACAAGCGGCUGACGGUGAAGGGGCGGCUGGAGGGCACGAACAGCCAGGGACAACACGUCUGCAACAGUUUCCAAAGACACUUCAAAAUACCACACAACACGAGGGAGGAAGAUAUUGACUCUGCCCUGUCAAAGGAAGGCAUUUUGACUGUCUAUGUUCCUAAGAAGAGGGAGCGAGUAAUCAAGAUAGAAUUGACUGACUGAAGAGAGCAAAGAAACGCAAGCAAGAAAGAAAACAAAGGAGAGGCAAGGAGGAAUAAAGGAAGGAAGGAAGGAAGGAAGGAAACAAGAGGAGGAAGAAAUGAAGGAGGAUAAUUCGUAACAAAGAAAAAGAAGGAUAAAUAAAUAAAUUGAAUGGGAAUAAAUGAAAAAAAAGUGAAUAGAAAUGAAUAGAAAUGAAUGAAAAAUGAAUGAAUUAAUGAAGAGUUUACAAGAGGAAGAAUGAACGAGACAAAAUAAGACAAAAAACAAAGAAAAACAGAAUAGGAAAAUAUAAAGAGAAUAAGAUAAAUAUAUAAAUGAAAUGAAUGGAAAGAAUGAAUAAUUAUUGAUGUUAUGAUUUUGUUUUUGGAAUGAAUAAAUGUUGUUAUUAUUAUUAUUAUUAUUAUUAUUAUUAUUAUUAUUAUUAUUAUUAUUAUUAUUAUUAUUAUUGUUGUUAUUAUUAUUAUUAUUACGAUUGUUAUUAUUAUCAUCAUUAAUGCUACUAUUACCAUUAUUAUUAUUAUUAUUAUUAUUAUUAUUAUUAUUAUUAUUAUUAUUAUUAUUAUUAUUCAUGUCAAGUGCCUUAAAUGAAUAUAUUUAAGUGCCCACUGACACUUAGAAAAGAAAAAUAAAUAAAAAAACACUUAUAAGACAAAGAUAUUUAAAAAUUACACUUAUGAAAGAAAAAUACUUAAAAAUACUUAGAAAAAAUUGAAAAAACACACUUAUAAGAGAAAGAUACUUAGAAAAAUAGUACUUAUAGACUAAAAUACACUGAAUUAAUACUUGUGGGGAGAAAUACUUUGAAAAAUAGAUUAAGUGAUAUUGCAAAACGUUCCUUUAAAUUCUUCGCUCAAAAAUGUAAUUAAAUAAACGAGAUGAAUGAAGAGAGUGAAAAAAAUACGAUUAACGAAUAAAUAUUAAUAAAAAAUAACAAAAAAAUAUGAAUGAGUGAGCAAAUAUGAUUAAUAAACAAAAAUAUAUAAAAAAAUAAUAAAAAUAAUAAAUAUGAACGCAUUUUUAAGUGUUUAGUGAUGUCACGAGUAUAAAGUGGCGUCACAACUUUGCUUCGCGGUGAUUGGCUGGUGUUCUCUGACGUGAAAUGUGUUCUGCAAGGUGAUUGGCUGGUGUUGUGAUGUCAUGUGUGUCCUGCAAAGGGAUUAGCUGGUGUUCUGUGAUGUCAUGUGUGUCCUGUAUGGUGAUUGGCUCGUGUUGUGUGACGUCACGUGUGUUCUGUGAUGUCAUUGGUCGGUGGCGGGCGGCUGUGCAUCUUUAGGCUUGAUAUUGUCAUUAUUUAUUUUUCAUUUAUUAUUAUUAUUAUCACUAUUAUUAUUAUUAUUAUUAUUAUUAUUAUUAUUAUGAAAGAAAUAUAUAUUAUAGAAUUGACCUUAAUAAUGCUCUAAUAAAUGAAUUAAUAUAUAUGUAUAAUAAAUUCAAAUAUUAAUAAGAA